ACCGGUUGCUAAACUUUACGUGCAGAAUUAACCUCACGAGUCGCCCCUCUGCGCCCGUGCCGAUACCCUGUUCGACCGAGACAUUACUCGUCCAUCGUCAUUCAAGUGUCCUGUACUCGUCUCUUGCGCAAAUACAGACCUUUGCUAAGAAGUCAUCAUCGGCCGAGCUUCUGCUUGCGAUUCACCUUCUUUCAAUCAGGUCACCAACAUAGGCCCGCUCUUUUUGCCCAUCACGGCUCCCACUACACAAAGCAUUCCUCUUGCAUUGAACCGCCCCGGCGACUUUGCCCACUUUGUUUGCAUUUUUGCUUCGAAUAGGACAUACGCAUCCAAACAAUGUCGGCUCAUCGGCCAAACGCUUUCAACAGCCUCCGGAUGGGAGAGGUGAUCCGCGAGAAGGUCCAAGAUGGAGUGACUGGAGAAACUCGGGAUCUGCAAUACACGCAAUGCAAGAUUGUCGGAAAUGGCUCCUUCGGUGUUGUUUUCCAGACCAAGCUGUCCCCAUCUGGAGAGGAUGCUGCCAUCAAGCGAGUCCUUCAGGACAAGCGAUUCAAGAACCGUGAGCUCCAGAUCAUGCGCAUUGUCCGCCACCCCAACAUUGUUCAGCUGAAAGCUUUCUAUUAUUCCAAUGGCGAACGUAAAGAUGAGGUUUACUUGAACCUCGUCCAAGAGUUCGUGCCCGAGACCGUCUACCGAGCCUCUCGAUUUUUCAACAAGAUGAAGACUACUAUGCCCAUCCUGGAGGUCAAGUUGUACAUCUACCAGUUAUUCAGAGCCUUGGCAUACAUCCACUCUCAGGGCAUCUGCCACCGAGACAUCAAACCUCAGAACCUUCUCCUGGAUCCCAACAGCGGCAUCCUUAAGCUUUGCGAUUUCGGAAGUGCGAAAAUUUUGGUCCCUAAUGAGCCCAACGUUUCGUACAUCUGUUCCCGGUACUACCGUGCACCUGAACUUAUCUUUGGUGCGACAAAUUAUACCACAAAGAUCGAUGUGUGGUCUACUGGCUGUGUGAUGGCUGAACUGAUGCUUGGUCAACCUCUCUUCCCUGGCGAGUCUGGCAUUGAUCAGCUCGUCGAAAUUAUUAAGGUCCUUGGCACUCCUACUCGAGAACAAAUUCGAACCAUGAACCCCAACUACAUGGAGCACAAGUUCCCCCAGAUCAAGCCUCAUCCAUUUAACAAGGUCUUCCGAAAGGCGGAUGCCAAUGCUAUUGACCUCAUCGCCCGCCUCCUUGAGUAUACCCCAACCGAGCGACAGUCAGCUAUCGAUGCUAUGGUUCACCCUUUCUUUGACGAGCUUCGGGACCCCAAUACAAAGCUUCCUGAUUCGCGACACGGCACUGGCCAGCUUCGUGAACUCCCUGCGCUUUUCGAUUUCACACGUCAUGAACUCUCAAUCGCCCCCAGCCUGAACCAAAAGCUUGUUCCAGCACAUAUUCGACCCGUGCUAGCAUCUCAAGGCCUUGAUAUCGACCACUUCACACCCUUGACGGAGCAGGAGAUGAUGGCGAAACUCGAUUGAGCCGGCCUCGCGUCGAGGCGAAGGGUAGUUUGCAUUUGCUUACACCCUUCUCAGGCUCUCCGCGGCUGUGGAAGAGUCCUGCC